AUGCCUUCCCGAAUCACGCCCUACACCCUCAUCGAGAAGCAGCGAGUCCUUGAAGCCCAUCGUGCCGGUCGAGAAGACUGGCUAGCUGUUGCCCGUUUCAAUGGAGCAUCAAGACGCAGGUCGGUCAAGGCGUCGCAAGAGUUCCGCAGCUUCUUUCAGGGUAAAAAGAUUGUCGUCGUUCUUGAUAAUGCUCCCGCCCACCGACAGACGGAUGAUUGUGUUACCGAGCACGAAAACAUGGAGCUGCUACGGCUGGGGCCGUACUCCCCCAUGUGCAAUCCCACGGAGGGUUGUUUCAGUGUGUUAAAGGCAAACAUCAAGAGGCACUUACCAAUCUACCGCGAGGAAAUUUGCGAUCGCAGCCGUCAACUGGACGAGAACGGAGACGUGAUAACGCUCGCUGAAAGGCAGAUGCACGUUCUGAAAAGGGCUACUAAGGCGGAAAUCAAGUGCAUGACGUCGGUUCUGGUGUCGCGUAUGGAGCUUCACUGUAGCAAGGCUGUCAACGCUGCUGCUGAAGGAAUACCUAUGGUGUACGGUAAAUAA